CCCUCUUUAUUACUACCCAACCCAAGCCAAACCCUGAUUGAGUUCUGAGACCAUUUCUUCAUAUCCAUAAUGGUCUCAUCAAAAAUGUCCAAAUUUAGCACCUCUCUGUCAUUCUUCUUGCUCAUAAUCACCAUUCUUUCAUUUUCCACUCUGAAAUCAAAUGCUACCUUCAGCGGUGACUUAUUGCAGGGUGAGUACUUCACUGUGCCUGCAUCACAGUUUGUAAGCUCCUUGGUGACUACUAUUGCCACUGUCCAGAAAGUGACCUCUGUUGUCUCCAAUGUUGGUAAUUUCGUUGGUGACUUUAGGCUUACUAAUGCAAUAAACGACUGUCUCGAUUUGCUUGAUUUCUCUUCUGAUGCACUGGACUGGUCUGUCUCUGCUUCCCAAACUAAAACAAACGGCAAAGAUAACAGUACAGGCGAUUUGGGUUCUGAUUUAAAGACCUGGAUAAGUGCCGUACUAGCUAAUCAAGACACAUGCAUUGAUGGAUUUGAAGGCACAAACAGCUUUGUCAAGGGCGUUGUUGCAGGUAGUUUGGGUCAAAUUACUUCACUGGUUCAAGACUUACUAACAAUGAUCCACACACCUUCCAAAUCCAAGUCCAGUGGCAGAGCAAAAACAGAGCAAAAUCUCCCCUCAUGGUUCAAAUAUGAAGACCAGAAACUGAUGGAUGUAAAAGGUACAACAACAGCCGAUGCAAUAGUAGCUCAAGAUGGGACUGGACAAUAUACUAAAAUAAUGGACGCCAUAGCAGCUGCUCCUGACAAUAGCUUGAAUAGAUUUGUGAUAUAUGUAAAGAAAGGAGUGUACAAUGAAUAUGUGGAGAUCAAGAAGAAGAAGUGGAAUCUUGUGAUGAUUGGAGAUGGCAUGGAUGUUACAGUCAUUACUGGUAAUCGUAGCGUUCCUGAGGGUUACACCACAUUUCGUUCAGCAACAUUUGCUGUGAGUGGGAGAGGAUUUAUAGCACGAGACAUUACAUUCGAGAACACUGCAGGACCCCAGAAGCACCAAGCAGUGGCACUCCGAUCAGACUCUGAUUUAUCGGUCUUUUACAGAUGUGCUAUUAAGGGCUAUCAAGACACUCUCUAUACACACACAAUGCGUCAAUUCUACAGGGAAUGUCGUAUUUCUGGGACAAUUGACUUCAUUUUUGGCGAUGCCACUGUUGUCUUCCAAAACUGCCAAAUAUUGGCCAAAAGGGGAUUGCCUAACCAAAAGAACACCAUCACUGCCCAUGGACGCAAAGACCCAAAUGAGCCCACUGGGUUCUCCUUUCAGUUCUGCAACUUCACCGCAGAUGCGGACCUCUUACCUUUUGCGAACUCGAUAGAAACAUAUCUGGGUAGACCAUGGAAGUUGUAUUCACGGACUGUUAUAUUGCAGUCUUACAUGAGUGAUGUUAUAAGACCCAAAGGAUGGCUUGAGUGGAAUGCGGACUUCGCAUUAGACACCUUGUACUACGGUGAGUUCAAGAAUUAUGGGGUUGGAGCCGGGCUUGGUAGUCGCGUCAAUUGGCGGGGCUACCAUGCGUUUAAUGACUCUGCCCAAGCUAGUAAUUAUACGGUGGCCCUGUUUAUUGAAGGGAAUUCGUGGUUGCCUCCAACAGGAGUUACAUACAUAGCUGGAUUGACAGUUUAAGCAUAAAGAUGUAAAUUCUCAUACUAUUUUCCUUACUAGUUGAAGCGAAUGUGGUGGUGUUUUAACUGCUAGUAGGUAAAUAGCAGUUUUCUUGUUUUAGAUUUUUUUUGUUGAUUAUUCAAUUUUUGUUUUGAAAACAUUGGUUACAGAUCAAUGUGUGUAUUUGGCCUCUAUAUAGUGGAUAAAUAAAUUGAUUGGUA